CCAUAUAAGAAGAUGUCUAACUCGGCUUCUCUGCAGCUUUUGUCGGAGUUGAGACGUUUCAGAAUUAGUCUGGCAGAUCUCUAUGGUGUGGAGGAAGAAGUGGAUACUCAAACUAUUACACAAAUACAGGAAAGACAGCAAUGGCUAUUCUAAGGGCUACACUUUGUGCUGUCCUCAUGGUGACUGUAGCAAUGUCUAAACCAGUCUGUCUAAAUGAGAGUGAGGAUUCAUCCAUGCUAUCAGAGUCCAGUGAGUCCAGUUCAUCAGAGGAGACUGUGACUCAUGCUAAACCUUCACAGGAACCCCUGCAACCAGCAUUGAAAGAGACAGAUAUGUCUAAUUCUAUGGAGGAGACCGACCCAACGGAUACCCCUGCUCUACUCCCCUCUGCAGACUCAGAACCUUCUCCAACCAUGCUCGAUACUUCAGCCCUGCCAGACCCUGAAGACCCACAAACCUCCACUGACAUUGACGCUUUACAGCUCAUGCCAGAUGACCCUUCACACACCGCCCUGUGUGUAGACAUUGCUCAGGAUAUGCCUGCAGUUAACGCUGACACUGUAUGUGUUGAAGACACUGAGGGCUCACUACACCCAGGCCUUGCAGAAACUGACACUGUUAUAGAUAUUGGUGGCACAAAUCAACCACAAGUCACCUCCACCACAUACCAAAGAAUCCCCCAGGGAGCCACUCCACCCUUUCCUCCACACAUCAAACCAACACGUCCACCAUCCUCUCCAGCCCCUCCCAUGCCAAUCCCCAUCGGAACCACCCAAGACUUGACCAGUGUUCCUGUUUGUUUCAAUUGCCAGUUCCUGACCCCUGAGUUAGAUCCACCUAGAGGAGAUAGCAUUUGACCCUAAUAGCAAAAAACUGAACAGAAAUUAAACAAAUGUUAUCCACUAAUAUCUUUUACACGAUUUUAGUGUUUUAUUCUUUUGUUUUCACACAUUCUUAGUGGUUGGGAAUCAUUUCAAUUUUGGUCUAAUGUUGGAAUACUUAGUCCUCUUAAGGUGCUUAUUAGUUUGAUUUUGCACUAAUGUAUCAAAUGAAUUGACACCUUAACUAACAACACUUCAAAUGUAUUCAUAUUAGCAGUUGAAAAUGAAAAUGUGAUUAAACAUUCAUAUCUUCAAAUCAUGAAUGAGGAUUGAAUGA